AUGAGCCAUGCGCCUGUGUACCGUUGCGGGUGUCUUCAACCGAUGGGCUCUUGUAAGCCUUGCAUAAGAUCAACCGAACCAACAUCAACGACCAUCCGAGUGGUCCAUUUGGACGGUGUUUUAGAAGAAUUUGAUGCCCCGAUCACUGUCGGACAGAUAAUCGGAGGUUUUCCCAAACACUUCAUGACCACUCCGAUACAACUUAUGCACGGGUUGGUCUUAAUGAAGCUUGAUGCCUUACUUGAACCAGGUAGGAUCUACUUUGUGCUACCCUACUCAAUCCUUCGGUUGAAUGAGUCUUCGAAAGACUUGAUGUGUCUUGCGCAGAAACUCACAAGCAUAGCCAAGGCCCAUCGGUCCAAGCCCAAGCCCAAGCCCACCCGUUUGGCUAGCUCACCGGAGAAAGGGUUGAGCCAGGGUUCGAACCCAUGCCUUGAUGACUCCUCAAGAGACUUAAGUCUUGCAAAGGAGUUCACAAGCAUAGUGAGGGACCAUCGGUCCAAGCCCAAUCGCACCCUGUCGGGUAGCCCACAAGAGACAAGGUCGAGUCGGCGUUCAAACCCACGAAACAAUGAUCAACGCUCAAGAGACUUGAUUCGUCUUGCGAAUAAGCUGAGCAGCUUAGCUAAAGCCGCUUGGUCCAAGCCCAAGCCUAGGCCGAGGCCUACGCCUAGGCCCAGGCCGAGGCCUACCAAUUUGGCUAACUCACAAGAGAGAGGAUCGAGUCAGGGUUCGGAGAACCCUAGCACUACCGAAGAAAAUAGUAAUAUCAAUAGGUCGACCAAGAUGUUGUCGUGGAAGCCACUUUUAGCUACAAUUAGAGAGAUAUCCUUUAAUCGAAGAGAGUCUGAUUUAUCCUUUAAUCGAAGAGAUUCUGAUUUAAGAGAUUAG